AUGUGCGGUGAUAACAAGAAUAAAUAUGUAGAGACGUGCAUAAUCGGGGGAGCUUCCUCCAGCUUAGUUGUGAAAUUUGCGGACACAGAGAAGGAAAGACAACUCAGGCGCAUGCAACAGAUGGCCGGCAACAUGAGUCUGCUGAAUCCGUUCGUGUUUAAUCAAUUCGGAACCUAUGGCACCUAUGCCCAAGUUAUUACCGAACAGCAACAAGCUGCACUGAUGGUGGCGGCGACUGCGCAGGGCUACAUCAGUCCGAUGACUGCGCUAGCGUCGCACGCGCUCAACGGGAUGGCCAACUCAGUGGUCCCGCCUACGUCUGAGAACUUCACGGGCCUGGCGAUAGGUACAGGUGGAGGGCAGCCCCUGAAUGGCGCUUUGCCUUCGCUGCCGUCUCCGACCAUGCCUGGCUUCAACAUGGCAGCGCAGACGGCUAAUGGCCAGCCACCACCGCAGGAAGCUGUCUACACCAAUGGUAUACAUCAAACUUUUACUGGACCGGUUCCAGUAACAGCCCAAGGUCUACCAAACGGUGAGGCUGCAGCGCUGCAACAUGCAGCGUACCCCGGUAUGCAGCCAUUCCCUGGAGUCGCUUACCCAGCGGUUUACGGACAGUUUCCGCAGCCCAUACCACCCCCGAUGUCGACCAUUGCCCCGGCGCAAAGAGAAGAUUUUCUUAUGUUCCCAGGCUGCUCGAUCUCAGGCCCUGAGGGGUGCAACCUCUUCAUCUACCACCUCCCUCAGGAGUUUGGUGACGCGGAGCUAAUGCAGAUGUUUAUGCCCUUCGGGAACGUGAUUAGCAGCAAGGUGUUUAUAGAUCGCGCUACUAACCAAAGCAAAUGUUUUGGAUUCGUGUCAUUUGACAACCCUGCAUCAGCCCAGGCGGCGAUUCAGGCAAUGAAUGGCUUCCAAAUCGGCAUGAAACGGCUAAAGGUCCAGCUUAAGAGGCCCAAAGACGCCAAUAGGCCCUACUAA